AUGGGGAAUACUUGUGUAGGACCAAGCAUUUCAAAGAAUGGAUUCUUUCAAUCUGUGUCUGCUGCUAUGUGGCGAUCUAGAUCGCCCAAGAAUUCAAUUUCUCAUCAUACUAAUGGAGAAAACGUCCAUGACGUAGCAGCUACCGAACCCGAAUCGGCUAUGCCGAUUCAAAACCAACCCCCUGAGAAGGUGACAAUGGCAGAAUCAGUAGUCAAACCUGAACCGCCCUUGGAACCUAAGGCACGCCAUAACCCUGUUAUGAAGAGAGUAGGUAGUGCUGGUCUUCGGGGCGAACCGAUUUUACAGACAAAAACGGGGAACUUUAAGGAGUAUUAUAGCUUAGGUAAGAGAUUGGGUCAAGGACAAUUUGGGACUACAUAUAUGUGUGUGGAGAAGGCAACUGGGAAAGAGUAUGCUUGUAAGUCAAUUGCUAAGAGGAAGUUGGUUAAUGAGGAUGAUGUUGAGGAUGUGAGAAGGGAAAUUCAGAUAAUGCAUCACUUGGCUGGACACCCGAACGUUAUAUCGAUCAAGGGGGCUUAUGAGGACGCGGUUGCGGUUCAGGUAGUUAUGGAGUUAUGUGCGGGCGGUGAGCUAUUUGAUCGGAUCAUUCAACGUGGACAUUAUACUGAAAGGAAGGCUGCUGAGCUUACUAGGACCAUAGUCGGGGUCGUGGAGGCGUGUCACGCUCUUGGAGUCAUGCAUCGAGACCUUAAGCCCGAGAAUUUUCUCUUCGUUAGCAAGGACGAGGAGUCACUUCUCAAAACAAUUGAUUUUGGACUAUCAAUAUUCUUCAAACCAGGCGAAAAGUUUAAUGAUGUGGUCGGGAGUCCGUAUUACGUCGCACCUGAAGUCUUGCGGAAGCGCUACGGGCCCGAAUCCGAUGUUUGGAGUGCUGGAGUAAUUGUCUACAUUCUGUUAAGUGGAGUACCUCCCUUUUGGGCUGAAACCGAACAAGGGAUAUUUGAAGAGGUCCUGCACGGCGAUCUCGACUUCUCUUCGGACCCUUGGCCUAGCAUCUCCGACAGUGCGAAAGAUUUGGUGAGAAGAAUGCUUAUUCGAGACCCGAGAAAGAGAUUGACAGCGUAUGAAGUUUUGUGCCACCCUUGGGUUCAAGUCGACGGUGUGGCUCCAGACAAGCCACUCGACUCGGCGGUCUUGACUCGCUUGAAGCAGUUUUCAGCCAUGAACAAGCUCAAGAAAAUGGCUAUCAAGGUCAUUGCAGAGAGCUUAUCUGAAGAAGAAAUUGCUGGGCUCAAGGAAAUGUUCAAGAUGAUAGACACUGACAACAGCGGUCAGAUCACUUUUGAAGAACUCAAAGCUGGUUUAAAAAAAUUUGGAGCUAACCUUAAGGAGUCCGAAAUUUAUGAUCUAAUGCAAGCAGCCGAUAUCGAUAACAAUGGAACCAUCGACUACGGGGAGUUCGUAGCUGCCACAUUACAUCUAAACAAAAUCGAGAAGGAAGAUCAUCUUGUAGCAGCUUUUUCGUAUUUCGACAAGGACGGAAGUGGGUUCAUUACGCACGACGAACUUCAACAAGCAUGUAAAGAGUUCGGGAUAGAAGAUCUUCAAUUGGAAGAAAUGAUGCACGAGGUCGAUGCAAACAAUGACGGAACGAUCGACUAUAACGAGUUCGUGGCAAUGAUGCAGAAAGGAAAUGUAACAAAUGCUGGGAAGAAAGGUCUUCAAAGUACCUUCAGCAUUGGGUUUAGGGAGGCUCUAAAACUAUAGUGUUCUAUGUAAAGGUACCAUUAUUCAAGUUAGUUUCUUCAUUGUUCUUAGCUGCUCGCCUGCUCGUUUUCGGCACCACGUCAUGAGCUUGCUUGCACUCGACACCAUGUCGUUCAUCGCCAUCGUGAGCUUGCUUGCACUCGACACCAUGUUGUUCAUCGCCAUCGCUUCGUUUUUGAAAACUAUGCAGAGAAAAGAGCAUACAUUUUUUCUUCAUUUUCCCUUGAAUUGAUUUGUAUCAUUAUGUAAGACUUUUGAUGAGUAAUGAAAAUUUUAUUUCUCAAAUAAA